UAGCUCACCCCACUUCCUCCCCUGCCCGGAGUAGCCAUGGCGGCCAUGAGCCUCCUGCAGCGGGCUUCGGUCGCCGCGCUGACAGCGCUGUCUGGCCGCCGUGCUGGCACCAGACUCGGAGUCGGAAGUUUUCUCACACGGAGCUUUCCGAAGACUGUCGCUCCUGUGCGGCACAGUGGGGACCAUGGCAAGAAAAUGUUCGUCAUCAAAGCUUCUUCAUACUAUGAAGAUCGCUUUUUGAGGUUAUUGAGGUUCUACAUUUUGUUGACUGGGAUUCCAGUUGCAAUUGGCAUAACGCUGGUGAACGUAUUUAUUGGUGAAGCUGAACUUGCAGAAAUCCCAGAAGGCUACAUCCCAGAACACUGGGAGUAUUUCAAGCAUCCAAUAUCAAGAUGGAUUGCCCGAACUUUCUAUGAUAGUCCCGAAAAGAAUUAUGAAAGAACCCUGGCUAUUCUCCAGAUUGAAGCUGAAAAGGCUGAGUUACGGUUAAAGGAGCAGGAAGUUCGAAGACUGAUGCGUGCCCGGGGUGAUGGACCCUGGUUUCAAUUUCCAACCCUUGAGAAGGAAUUCAUUGAUCAUUCUCCAAAAGCAACUCCUGACAACUGACAAUUCGUUUGUCUAAGAACAGUGCGUUCUCUCUAGUGGAAAGAAAUGAAUAAAUAUUCUGUAUUUUUACUCUGAUGCA